UUUUUUACCCUAAACUCAUUUAGGUUUAUUAGCAACCUUAUUAGCAGGUAGGUAAGGUAGACUAUUUUGUAUUGAAAUCGUGUAUUGUCUUUGUUAAAGGGAGUAAUAGUUUAAAAUUAUUUUCCAGCGUCGACUUUAAUAAAAACGUUUAAAAUCUUAUGGUAACUGUAUUAAUAUUGUUGUAAAUACAAAACCCCAACAUAUAUAAACGCCGCUUAUCGGUUAUUAACAAUCACUGGACUAGACUGACUUUAACUUUUUGGUCAAGUUAAUUUCAUUUUAAUUUCUGUUUUAUUUUUUGGGUUUUUUUCUUUUUGGUUUAUUUUAGUUUAUUGGUAUUUAUUUCACAAAAACAUGGUCGGUAUUGCAUACAUUAAGUACACUAUAUAUAGAGAGAGAGAGAGAGAGAGAGAGAGAGAGAGAGAGAGAGAGAGAUUUAAUAUUUACGCCAGACUGACGCGAUCGUUUGGGUUUUCUCAAAGGACCUUUCAUGUGAUACGGUACAAGGUACUUUGUUUGUUUGUUUUAAAGUAGUCCAUUAAUGAACUUACAUUUCUGUAUACAAAAAAAUACUUUUUAAUCGGUGAUAGGAAUGGAAAUAUCGCACAUGUUAAUUCACUACGACUAGGCUCAACUAGUUCUGCUGUUUCAGAAAUUGCGCGCUUCACGCUAAACAGUGUGUCGGGUGAAAUUUGCGUGUUGUUUGCUAGUGUGUAUUCAGACAUAAACUCAGCUAAAACGUUUAACGUGACGCUUUUUUUUAGUUUCGUCGUCGCACUAAUGUCGACAGCGGCCCUGUGAGUGUUACUGAAUCAUUGCAGCCGUUUCUUAACGCUGCGCUUGCAUUUCCGUUGCACGUGUGUUACCAGGGUCAUCCGUUCUGCUGCUGUAACAUUGUAUAAAUACAAAUAGUGUAGGGUGUGUAUUGAGGGUUACGUUACAGUUAGUCUUGUUAAUUGUUUGCUUGUCGUUAAAUGAGGUGGCAAUAUCGUUGUGAAAGGCCCUACGUAACAAAACAACAAGGCACAGUUGUGUGCGUUACGGAUCACUUGCAGCUUAACGGGAGAAUAUAACGUUAAUUGUUUUCCACGCAAAAUGUCCCAGUUCAGUUGGCAGGGGGUGAAGCUACACAGCAGUGUGGUGUUGCUUGUGCGUCGCCACCUCCUACAGACUCAACUGUAGCCAUCAGUCCACCAGCGUAUUCAAUUUUAACAGAUUGUUAUCUGCUUCUGACCCGCAGAAUAGAGCGCUGUCACGCCAAUGAUUCAACACUUUCCAUGGGUGGCAGUGUUUAAAACUUAUAUAUAUAUAUAUAAUGUAUACCUUCCCCAUAGCAGAACUGAAGAGUUCAACUCACUUUUAUAAUUUCCCUGUACCAAACAUGUACCAAGGCUGCUGUUCUGCAUUCACUGAUUAAAACUGUUUAAACUCUUACUAUUUGUCAGGGGAAAACGUGGACGUGACAGUGUUAUUGCAAAAGGAUAAUAUAAAGAUGUUUGUAAUGCAUGUUACAUGGAUUUUACACACACUAUUUAAUUACAGUGAUUUAUCAAAUUGGCCCCAUAUUAGGUUAUUUUUUUUAUAGGGGAUAGGUCAAGCCAUAUCUUGAAAUAGUUUCCGAUAAAUGUAGUAUCUGAGCAGUGUUUUAGUUCACUGCAUAAACGUUUACCGCACUAGCAUAUCUCCAGUUCAGGUGCGUGUGGAUUCAACACUGCCCCAGACGCUUGAUAUUUUCACAGGACGCCAGCCAUGAACAGCAGUGGCCCUGGGUACCCCCUCGCCUCUCUCUAUGUUGGAGACCUGCAUGCUGAUGUCACAGAAGGCAUGCUGUACCAGAAAUUUUCUCCAGCUGGACCAAUCAUGUCGAUCCGAGUUUGUCGUGAUGUCAUUACCCGAAGAUCCCUGGGAUACGCCUACAUCAAUUUCCAGCAGCCAGCGGAUGCUGAAUGCGCUUUGGACACCAUGAAUUAUGAAGUCAUUAAAGACAGGCCGAUCCGAAUAAUGUGGUCGCAGCGUGAUCCGGGUCUGCGGAAGUCUGGAGUUGGGAAUAUCUUCAUUAAGAAUAUGGAUGAGUCCAUAGACAACAAAGCUCUGGAUGAUACGUUCUCUGCCUUCGGGAACAUCUUGUCUUGCAAGGUAGCGUGUGAUGAAAAUGGAUCCAAAGGGUAUGGUUUUGUUCAUUUUGAAACGCACGAAGGAGCGAACAGAGCCAUUGAAACUAUGAAUGGAAUGCUGCUCAAUGAUCGUAAAGUUUUCGUGGGCCACUUUAAAUCCCGAAGGGAGCGGGAAGCAGAGUUUGGUGUGAAAGCCAUGGAAUUCACCAACGUGUACAUCAAGAACUUUGGGGAGGACGUGAACGAUGAGAAGCUGAGGGAAGUGUUUUCUGAAUACGGAAGGACCUUGAGUGUGAGGGUGAUGGUGGAUGAGAUGGGUCGUUCCAGGGGCUUUGGGUUUGUUAAUUAUGAGAAUCAUGAGGAAGCACAGAAGGCUGUGGAGGGGAUGAAUGGAAAGGAACUGAACGGGCAAAUUAUUUAUGUGGGCCGAGCUCAGAAGAGGCUGGAGCGACAGGGUGAGCUGAAGCGCAAGUUUGAUCAGAUCAAGCAGGAGAGGAUUCAUCGAUACCAGGGUGUUAACCUCUACGUGAAGAAUCUUGACGACGGAAUAGAUGACGAAAGACUGAGGAAAGAGUUUGCACCCUAUGGGACUAUCACGAGUGCAAAGGUGAUGACAGACGUAGGGCACAGUAAAGGGUUUGGAUUCGUCUGUUUUUCCUCUCCCGAGGAGGCGACGAAGGCAGUCACGGAAAUGAAUGGACGCAUCAUCAGCACGAAGCCACUCUACGUGGCCUUGGCCCAGCGAAAGGAGGAACGGAAAGCCAUCCUGACCAAUCAGUACAUGCAGAGACUGGCCAGCAUCCGAGCAAUGCCCAGGGCGGUCGUGGGGUCCUACCAGUCUUCAGGGUACUUCAUGUCUGCUGUUCCUCAGCCUCAGAACAGGACUUUCUACGCUCCGAAUACAGUCACUGCACUCAGACCGGCUCCUCGCUGGACCUCGCAGCCUCCCAGACCUCAAACACCUUAUCAAACAGCUCCUCCGUUCUUAAGGUCUGCAGUUCCCAGACGCCCUUCCACGCCAAUCAGCACAAUGCGGCAAGCGUCCACCCAGGAGCCUUGUGUGAUGAGCAACAUGCAGAGAAUGGCUAAUACAGGUACCCAGACAGCCGGCGGUCGCACUGCAAUGCCUGCCCCAGUGGUCCGAGGUAUGAACCAGUACAAGUGUUCCACUGGAGUCAGGAAUGUUCAGCCAGUCUUUGCUGUGCAGCAGGUAAUGGAGUCAGCUGUUCACGUGCGAGGACAGGAGCCCCUCACUGCGUCCAUGCUGGCCUCGGCAGCCCUGCAGGAGCAGAAGCAGAUGCUGGGGGAGCGCCUCUACCCUCUGAUCCAUGCAGUGCACCCGGCCUUGGCUGGUAAAAUCACAGGGAUGCUGCUAGAGAUAGAUAACUCAGAGCUGCUGCACAUGCUAGAGUCUCCUGAGUCUCUGCACACCAAGGUGGAGGAGGCAGUGGCUGUACUCCAGGCACACCAGGCUACAGACAUCUCCCUGAAGAAAUAAUGUGUGCAGUCCAGGAAUUUGCUACCUUUGGAAAAAGAUGCUUCACUGAAGAAAAAAGCACCAAAAAAAAUAGUAAAAAUAAAAACCUACAAAAUUGAACUAGUCUUGCAAGCAGUGUAUUUAGUUAACAACUUGGAUCAUUUAAAGGCAAAUGAUUCUCAAAUUGAAAGUGCUGUUUACAAGAGCAGGUGUGUUAAGUUUGUGCAAAUUGGUUUUGUUCCUGCAGAAAAAUGUGAGUUGGCAGAACACUAUGUUCUGUUUUUUUGUGCAUUAAAAAAUAAAAAUAAAUAAUGAAUGGACUUGGGUGGUGUCAUGUACUUUAAAUGGGCCGUGUCUCUAUUUCUGGUUUCACUGGGUAAAACAUUUCCGUGGUGUGCUCUAUUCUGUGAAAGCUGACGAGGGCUGUCAGUAUAACCAGUUAAGAAAAGCAAUAGUGUGUUUCACGUGCUGAAGAUCAGAGAUCUAACUCCACC